GUUUUUGUAUGUUCAUACACAAACGACGCCGUUUCAGCGCGCUUAACAAACUAACUCGGGUCGGGUUAUGGGUCGGGCACAUAGUUUAACCCAGCCCAAUUUCCGGCAGCAAGCUAUCUAUCCAGGCGCUGGCUCCGGCAGCGAAGGAAGAAGAAGAAGAGAGCGGCGGGAAAAUGCCGACCUUGGAAUCUGUACACGAAUAUUCCGAUGGACGCGGUUACAACGUCGGAUGUCAUGAAAGGCGCCACCAAAGCCGUUUCAAAAAUCAUUGGCAAGCCGGAAUCCUAUGUGAUGAUUUUGGUGAAUAGCGGCGUGCCCAUUGCAUUCGCUGCAUACGGAGAGUUGAUUUCCAUUGGAGGUUUGGGGCCAAGCGUCAAUGGGAGGCUCAGUGACACUAUUGCCGAGAUUCUUGAAACCAAGCUUUCCAUAGAUAGCUCCCGGUUUUACAUCAAGUUUUAUGAUGUUGAGCGUCCCUUCUUUGGAUUCAAUGGCUCAACUUUCUGACGCCCUUUUCAGAUCCAAAUGCAUCCAGGGUAAUGAUGAGUGAAUGGUCUGUGUAAAUGCAUGUUAGAUUCCAUAGAGAAUGGUAGCCAUUGUGUUUACUGUUGAUGUUCAUUGUUUGAGUUAGAGCCCUCCCUUCUCUCUCAUGUAUACUUGUUAUAACAUGAGAUCCAAUGCUGUAUUGAUGUUCCUGCAAAAUCUCUCUGCUGCUUUACUGAUUUACUGCCUCCUGCUGCUGCUGCUGCUGUGUGUUGUAUUGUGAUUGCUUGUUACUCUUCUUCUGAAUCCACUUCAAAAUCUCUAUGUGAUUCCCUUAACAUCUACUUGGGAGCUCCUUCCAGAGUCCCAUGCAGGGUUAAGUCUUGUGUGUACAUAUGCCCAGUUGGUGAAACUGUUUUGCAGGUGGAACGACUGAGGUCGACGGUUCAAAAUGAAGUAGCAUAACUCUGAUGAACUGUCAUUAGUUUGAUCUCCUAUAUUCAGUUUGGCUGGAUGGUACGGUUCUAAAAAACACUACUACAGCUUCCCAGAGAAAGUGGCCGGCGGGAUGAUGAAAAGGGUAUGGCCACUUACAAUAAUAGCAGCCAGUCUUCGCCAUCGCCCAGGCUUUGAGGGAUACUGUACCACCAGGUGAUCAAGAGGUUCAUGCGUUCUUUAAAUUGUGAAUUUAGAGCAGGCAUUCUUCGAUAUAGCCAAUCAGGCACUGUAUAAUUGAAUAGUAACAGAAUAAUAGUAGGAAGGCAGGAUGCUUCUUCUCAUCCCAAUCCCAAUCCAUCCCUCUGAUACAUUGGAAACUGGAUGGAAAAAGGGAGAGUGGGUCAGGGUCCAUCAUCUCCAUCUCCAAUCAGAUUGCAGAUCUCAGAGCACUCCACCAGGCUGCAAAUGCCAAUGCAAGAUAGGACUACAAUAGAAGCAGAGAUGAAAGCGAGGAGAAUAAUGCAAGAAGUACCAGUAAUGGCGGCUGCGAAACCCUUGCUUGAACACCACCAGAGGUCUAGCAUCCACAAACCAACCAUAAAUGGUGUUGACGCAUUUGACGGUACAAGUCUCAGCUUUCCUGGAUUUGGGUCUCUGUAUCCUCAUUGCCUUCUUGCAAUCUUUCCCCUCUUCCGCUUCACAUUCCCCUGCCAGCGUCUGCGGCACGUUCCCCAGCGUCUCCUCCUCCUCUUCCCCACCGUCUUGCCUCUUCCGCCGCUCGGCUGCAACGACAGCUGGCGGCGAAGCUAGUAGAACUACUGCACAGGACGCGACCACGCUCGUCGUAAUGCUGCUUAUAAGCCGGCGCCGGCUGCUGCUACCUUUGAUCGCUGCUGUCGUUGUGGCAGACCAAUUCACUCUUCCAACAAGGUAACUAUUGUUGUUAUUCAGGACGAGCCUGUAACUAUAUGUGGCUGCUAUUCCUCCAACUUGGUGUGGUUUUGCUGCUCUCUCUGUAAACUCUGAGCUGUAACAAUGGUGGUGGCUUCGUAUUAUCAUUUUUCCCAAAAGAGCUAACCGGUGGUUGCUUGCUCAUUCUAAUAGAUGUUCUGUAUGUUUCACCCUGGUUCUGCAGCAUUCUCAGCCUUUCAUUCUUUGCUCCAAAACAAGCAACCCCUUUUAUCUUAACUAUUUUCAUUUAGC